AUGGUGGGUGAGACCGGUCGACAGGGAUGCUUAAUUUUCCCAGAUACCAGAUCCCGCCUCUGGUAUGCCCAGGAGUCUGUGUUUAGGUCAUCUGAACUGAUCAGUUAUAAUUACAACAUAUUAUCCUUAAAAGGAAAUGGCGUUCUACAUUUGCUGACCAAAUCAGGGAACCACGUCCUCCGUGUGGAUCUUCAGAAAUUUAACGGACAGAAGGCGUACGCUAAAUACUCCAAGUUCUCUGUUGGUGACGAAAGCAGCAAAUACAGACUGACUGUGUCUGGAUACAGGGGCACGGCAGGAGACAGCUUCAGCCAACACACUGGAAUGAAAUUUACAACAAAAGAUCAAGACAACGACACAUUUAAAGCAAAUUGCGCGACGCAUCUUAAAGCAGCGUGGUGGUAUACUCAUUGUUAUUUGUCCAACCUGAAUGGACAGUAUGCUAACUCCGCCGGGAUCAGUGACGACUACCUUACCUGGUAUCGCUGGGGGAAUAAAUACGAAGUAUUGAGAAGAGCCUCCAUGAUGAUCCGACCAUGGUAAUAGAUAGUCUGUCAACACGAUUAAUAAAAUAUAUAAAUA